UACUGAAGAAGGCUGGACCGGAAACGCUCGGGGAGCUGUUAAACACGCUGUGAAGGAAACACGCAAUAUAUGCUGGAAACUGAAUUUAAAAGAGUGCUGACAGUAAGCUAGGGCUCUCAGCUGGGACAGCCCUGAUUUUUCCCUCUUGUGCUUCUUUUUCUUCUUCUUCUUCUUUUUUUUAUAUAAUUAUUCUCCUGCCCCAACUCAGCACACGCCUCUCUGCAGGCUUCGGCUCGAGACCGUUUGGGACUUUGCUCACCAUGAAAGGGGCGUCGGGUGUAUUUUAAUUCUAAGAAAUAACGCCAAUAAACGAACACAAAGAAAGGACAGACUGAUCUGAGACACUGUAUACGCGGUGACUUCUGAGGACCCAGAGUAGCUCCAGGAUUACAGUGGACGGAUUGCGUUUUCCAGAGCAGGAAUGAAGCGCUCUCUCAUCCCAGUUUUGAGGUCUUGGAUGGUGGGACGACUGUAUGACGAAUGCAGGUGACAAAUGAAAGCGCAACCUAACUGUUUUCCACGGACAAAGACAUGCAAACAGCAGGACAUGUGCAGAAAGCGCAGGUGGAUCUGAUGAAGAGACGCGUUUGGGUUAUGCAACUAUGGUUCCACGAUCGGACAUUUUUAUUUUACGAAAACGAAUAAAAGCACACAUUCUGUGAUGCCAUUCAUUAGAUAUUAUUCAUGCAUGCAUUGCUCUCUUUAUACAAAGCACGCUUGGUGUGCCAGAAUAGUCCCAAGUACUCCAGGCAUUUUGAUAGGAGGAAUUUUAUGGACUGCAGUCAAGCAUUUAAACGUUCCUUCUUUCUGAAACCCAACAUCCAUUCCACACGUUUAUUUAUUAAAUAAGCAUUUUAUUUAUUGCACCCUAUAGCCUACGACCAUGCCAAACGACUACGACGCAGCUCAAGCCCUCUACAUGGGCAUGGAGGUGCUGAUCGCUGUGUCCUCGGUGAUCGGAAACGUGAUGGUGAUUUGGGCGGUUAAAAUAAACAGGUCACUGAGAGACACAACUUUCUGGUUCAUUGUGUCUCUGGCUGUGGCCGACAUCGCGGUGGGAGCUCUGGUCAUCCCGCUCGCCAUGACCAUCAGUAUCGGACUCCAGACUCACUUCUACAGCUGUUUGCUGGUGGCGUGCACAGUGCUGGUGCUCACUCAGAGCUCCAUCCUCGCCCUGCUCGCCAUCGCCAUUGACCGAUACCUCAGAGUAAAGAUCCCGACCAGUUACAAACGAGUGGUCACUCCAAGACGAGUGCGAUUAGCGGUGGUCGCAUGCUGGGCAAUCGCCUUCAUAGUUGGCAUGACUCCUAUGCUCGGCUGGAACAAGUUACACAACCUCCAGCAACAAAAUGGCUCUCUCAGCAGUGACUUCAUCAUCACCUGCCAGUUUGAGAAUGUCAUCACUAUGGAAUACAUGGUUUACUUCAAUUUUUUCGGCUGGGUGCUUCCACCACUACUCCUUAUGCUUGGCAUCUACACAGAGAUCUUCUACAUGAUUCACAAACAGUUGAACAAGAGAGUGAGCACGAGCCACAAUGACCCAAACAAGUACUACGACAAAGAAUUGAAGCUGGCAAAGUCACUCGCUCUCGUCCUGUUCCUGUUUGCUGUCAGUUGGCUCCCGCUUCAUAUCCUGAACUGCAUAACACUCUUCUGCCCCAAGUAUGAGAAUCCUAUAUUGCUCCUCUACAUCGCCAUCUUACUCACUCAUGGCAACUCAGCAGUGAACCCUAUCAUCUAUGCUUUCCGCAUUAAAAAGUUUCGCAUCGCAUUCCAAAUGAUCUGGAAGCAGUAUUUUUGCUGUAAGGAGGCACCUCCCAUAGAAAUGCAAAUGAGUGAACGAGUGGAUAAAAAUGAUUAUAGCCACGCUCCUCCACCUGCAUUGCCAAUGGAACACAAUAACAUUUAACUGGAAGACCAGGGACUUACUGAGCAGGCUGGCAUUCUGUCACAUAUGAAUGUAAUAUGAAUGUAAAUCAUAUGCUGACUGCAGUUGUCAGAGUGCGCCCCCAUUCUGCAAAUCAAUAUUAAACAUUGGGAUGGACACAAGGGAGGGAAAUUUGGAUCAUGAAGAAGGGAAGUAUGAUGUGUUGUACAGGAAAUAAAAAAUGUUUUAUACUUGUAAAUAUGUUUACAGGGUGAUCUAAGGCCGGUGAAACCACAGGGAAAGUACCACACAAGUUUAAAAAAAUAAUAAAUAAUUAUAUAUACAUACAUACAUACACACACACACAU